AGAGCAAUAAUACACCAAUGGUACAUAACACAAGUGUUGACAAUAUGAAGUUUUCCAUAAAAUAAACAUCUUGGCAUGAUAUCUGACAGCCUCAGCAUCACAUUUGUAGACUCCUCACCAUACAACAUUAAAAUAAGGAUUCAUUUUGGGCAGGAUAGCUAAACACCAUAUGCCAAGAGACAAACCUGUUGGGCUUAUUUACAUCAACAGAGCUUCUGCUGCCCCCUGCUGGCUAAAAGUGGUUUUUUGAAGUCUUAAUGAGGAGGUUAUCUGUUCCAUUUUAUACAAUUCUCUUACUUUUUGGAUCCAUAAGUCAUAGGCAGGUGGCUCCAACUGCAUCCACCUGAUUGUAAUGCAUUCAGGGCUGCUGUAAAAAGGACAUUUAACAGAUAUACUUUGGCCCGUCCUUGCAAACCAUCUGGUAUAAUACCAAGUAACGCAACUGUAACAUCCUUUGGUAUAACGUCUGGGAACAUUUGGUUUAUAGCCCUGUACACUUCAUCCCAAAAGUUUUGAAGUUUGAGGCACGACCAAAAUAUGUGUGUAUGAUUGGGGACCGCUGAGCCACAGUUUCUCCAACACAAGCUUGGUACUUUAGGAUCCAUCUUGGAAACUACAUCUAGGGUCCUGAAAUGUCUGCGAAUAAUUUUCCAUUUAUAUUCCCGCCACGUAUUUGAGUUUGUGACUCUAUGUGCCUCAGUCCAAACUUCCUCCCAUGUUUCGUCAGAAAUUAUUCUGGCCUCUCUGCCUCCCAUCUUUGUUUUGUCCAAGUGGUUCGUUAAGGUUCAUUGACAGAAAUACACUAUAUAACUUUGUUAUCAAUUUUUUAUCUCCUCCCCCUUUCUGGUAAUGGAUUAGGAGGUUUUCUGUUGGUGUGGGAUUUAGUACUCUUUCCCAGUCCCAGACAAAAAAAGAGCGCAACUGUAAAUAUCUAAAGAAAUCAUUUUUCUGGAGAUGAAAUUUCCUACAUAACUCUUCAAAUGACAUAAAGUUGUUCCUGUCGAUCAACUGAUGAAGAAAUGUAAUCCCCUGUUCAGCCCAUUUAGAAGACGUUUUGUCUAAGGAGGAGGUUGUGUUUCUGAACGACCCUACUGGAACUGGAUGCUUGGUCGGUUCUGCUCCUUUCAAACAGAACCAUUUCAGAAUUACAACUCGGAUUUAAGCAGUUCCGUUAGGUUAAAACUGGACCCAGCAGGUUCUGUUCGGUUCGAAACCCAGAUCCUGCUGCAGGUUCUUUAUGUUCACCAUUUGAACGUGUCAGUGACGUCAUCACGGCUUGGUUCGCAGCUCUGAGGUUCUGAUCCGGUCAGCAUCAUACAGAACCAGCCGGGGCUUUUGCUUUGAAGGGACCGGAAAGGGCUCCGAAGGUUACAGCAGCUUCCGGUUUCUCUGGAGCCGCAGGUCCACGUCAGGGUGAAGUAGAGCCGACACAAACAAGCCGGAGCAGGACCGAACCGAACCGUGGCACCAUGGCGGACGAAGCCACGCGCAGAGCCGUGUCGCAGAUCCCGCUCCUGAAGACGCACGCGGGCCCGCGGGAGCGCGCGCUGUGGCCGCAGCGGCUGAAGGAGGAGUACCAGGCUCUGAUCCGGUUCGUAGAACAGAACAAGGCCGCCGACAACGACUGGUUCCGGCUGGAGUCCAACCCGGACGGCACGCGCUGGACCGGGACCUGCUGGUUCGUACACGAGCUACUGCGCUACGAGUUUCGCGUGGAGUUCGACAUCCCGGUGACGUACCCGGAAACAGCGCCGGAAGUAGCGGUUCCGGAGCUGGACGGGAAGACCGCCAAGAUGUUCCGAGGCGGGAAGAUCUGCCUGACCGAACACUUCGCCCCGCUGUGGGCGCGCAACGUGCCGCGCUUCGGGCUCGCGCACCUCAUGGCGCUCGGGCUCGCGCCUUGGCUGGCCGUGGAAAUCCCGGACCUGAUCAGCAAAGGUCACGUGGUCCACAAGGAAAAGCCGCGUGAUGUGGCGGAGUGACGUCAGAGGUGACAUUAGUACAGGGUUCCGGUUCUGGAACUGUCAGCCGGAACCAAAGUCCUACAGAAACAACACUUCCGGUUCUGCUGUGAGAAUGUGAUUCUACAGAAAAUAAAGUUCUGGUUCUGAG